AUGGACCUUCCACGCUCCCUGGUUGAAGUGCAGCAGUCAUGGGUCGACGUCUUUGCAGUCUUGCUCGACGGCUCUGUGGUCACCUGGGGCGACGCCCGCUAUGGUGCGGACCGGACCGCAGUGCAGGACCAGCUUCGCAACGUUUGCCAGGUUCAUUCCUCGCAGAGGGCCUUUGCAGCCAUCCGCUCUGAUGGGACCGUGGUCACCUGGGGCAGCCCGCACUGCGGCGGCGACAGCACUUCUGUGCAGGCGCAGCUGCAGGACAUAAUGGAGGUGCGAGCCUCCGGCGACCCAUUCGGAGGGGCUUUUGCUGCUCUGGCGCGAGAUGGCUCUGUUGUUACGUGGGGCUGUGCUGGGCGCGGUGGCGACAGCGCAGCAGUGCAGAUGCAGCUGAGAGGGGUCCGGCAGAUUUGCGCCGCGGGCGCGGCUUUCGCUGCGAUUCUUGUCGAUGGCUCGGUCGUCACUUGGGGUCACCCGGGCACCGGCGGCGACAGCGCGCACGUUCAGGCAAAGCUUAAGGACGUGCAGCUGAUUGAGGCAUCUCACAAGGCUUUUGCCGCCCUUCUCCGAGACGGCUCGGUGAUCACGUGGGGUCGUGAAGACUCCGGUGGGGAUUGCAGCGGCGUCGCUGGUGAACUACGAAGCGUGCAACAGACACUGGGGCUAUCAACCUUCUUUUGUGUCCAUGGCUCGAAUUCCCGUCAAAAUGUCGAGGUACAUUUCAAGGUUUCGAAAUCACCAUAUGGGUGGUUGUCAAAAUUAGGGUCCCUUUUUGGGUCCUUACUAUAA